AUGGCGCAGCAACAGGUCCUCUCAGUCUCAAACCGUUCCAUCCUUCUCCUCAGCCGCAAUGGUCUCUUCCUUCUCCUUCUAGCUCUCUUCGUUCUCCUCGGUAUAUUCUUACCUUGGACAACAUCUCCAUUGAUCCCGUUUCCAAACAGAAGCUCUUCUUUCCCCUCCAACUGGCGCGACUAUUCCCUCUCUCAAGCCGCCAAGUUCGCUGCCAAGAAUGACACUUUGAUCGUCUGCACCGUGAGCUAUCCCUUCUUACCUUUUCUCAACAAUUGGCUGAUUAGCGUUUCUAGACAGAAGCAACAAGACAAAGUCCUCGUGAUCGCUGAGGAUUACGCUACCCUCUACAAGGUUAACGAGAAGUGGCCUGGUCAUGCCGUCCUCAUUCCUCCAGCCCUUGAUUCGAAAGCCGCACGCUAUUUCGGUUCCCCGGGUUUCUUCAAUUUUACGUCACGGAGGCCAAAACAUCUCUUGGAAAUCUUGGAGCUAGGUUACAAUGUUUUGUACAACGAUGUUGAUAUGGUGUGGCUGCAAGAUCCAUUUCAGUCUUUUGAAGGAAGGCACGAUGCAUACUUCACCGAUGACAGGACUAAAAUUAAACUUUUGAAUCACUCCCAUGAUUUACCACGUCCGGAUCGAAACGGAGCGACUUAUAUAUGUAGCUGCACGAUUUUCUUGCGUCCCACGAUUGGCGCAAAGCUUCUUAUGAAGACAUGGAUUGACGAACUUCAAGCUGGUUCCAAAGCAUUUGAAGGAAAUGAUCAGCCUGCUUUUAACUGGGCCCUUAACAAAACAGCUCAUCAGGUAUUAAAAGUAUAA